GCUUUUGUAGCGGCUUCAGUUCCUGGCGAGGCGGAAAAAAAUGGACGUGAAAGAAAGCAAAACGGAGAUCUUCUCUCCCCGUCCGAUCUUCAACUACAGUGAAACCCUGCGGUUUUGGAAGAGAAGAGAGGGGAGGCUGGUGCCAGACUUUGUCCUCAGGGCUUUCAUGGCAGCUGGAGAUGAUAUUAGAGUCCGAGAAGAGCUUCAUGGACAAAACGGCAGAUCCAUUUCAGGUGGCCCCCCCCAAUACGCCUUGACCUUGCUGUGGUGGUCAGUGACAAUCCUUUUUCUGUGCGGGCUGCUGUGGUUGCUGAUGUGGGAUAGAUUCGUCCCAAACCUCUUCGCAGAAGACUGCAACUGCCACAGCCUCUUCGAGGUCCUCGGUUGGGAUAUCAUGGGAUCACUGCCCGAUAUGUUGUAAAUUUCGAAGUGUACAUUCGGAUUUGAGGGACUGUAUAAAAUACAAUUAUUGACAUAUUUGUUUUUCUCAACGUCAAUAACAAGUGUUUCGAAAAAUGGGAAUUGAUCAUGUAAAGCGUAUUUUUUAAAGGAUGUAUUUAGACCCGUGAAGUUCCGGGGUAGAAUAGGUCUUCAGCAACCCAUGCUUGCCGUAAAAGGCGACUAUGCUUGUCGUAAGAGGCGACUAACGGGAUCGGGUGGUGAUGCAUGUCAUCGAUCCCAAUU